AACACGCCCUCUAUUAUUUCAUGAUGUGAAUGCCCGAACAACACAAUCUUGUCACGAAUACAGUCGGAAAAUUGAGUUUAUUGAAGGCAGACAACGCAUUAAGAACCUUGAUUUUGCAGGAACAGAUAGCACCGUGUGGCAUGAAACGAUAAAAAUACACAGUGGUCAAAAUAGAAGGACAUCAUGUCUGUAUCCGCCCUGUUUAUCCUCGAUUUGAAGGGGAAGGUCCUCAUCUCCAGAAAUUACCGAGGUGAUGUGGACAUGUCGGCCAUUGACAAGUUUAUGACUCUUAUGAUGGACAGAGAAGAUGAGGAAUCGUUAUCACCCAUCAUCAUCCACGGGGGAGUCAAUUACAUGUACAUCAAACACAACAACUUAUACAUUGUUACGAUAUCCAAGAAGAAUGCCAACGUUGCCCUCGUAUUCACCAUCCUCCACAAAAUUGUUGAGGUUUUCAUUGAAUACUUCAAAGAGAUGGAAGAAGAAAGUAUCAGAGAUAACUUUGUCAUCAUCUACGAGUUACUGGAUGAACUUAUUGAUUUUGGCUACCCUCAGACGACAGACAGUAAAAUACUCCAAGAAUAUAUCACUCAGGAAGGUCAGAAACUAGAAAUAGCCCCCAAACCGCCCCCAGCAAUCACCAAUGCCGUCUCAUGGAGGAGUGAUAACAUCAAAUACCGCAAGAAUGAAGUCUUUUUAGAUGUCAUUGAAUCUGUCAAUUUACUGGUGAAUGUUAAUGGUAAUGUACUGAGAAGUGAAAUCAUAGGAUCCAUCAAGAUGAGAGUGUUUUUAUCAGGAAUGCCAGAACUCAGACUUGGACUCAACGAUAAAGUGCUCUUUGAAAACACCGGCAGAGGAAAGAGCAAGUCAGUCGAGCUGGAAGACGUCAAAUUCCACCAGUGCGUGCGUCUCUCCCGGUUUGAGAACGACCGUACCAUCUCUUUCAUACCGCCCGAUGGGGAGUUUGAACUCAUGUCGUACAGACUCAAUACCCAUGUUAAACCGCUCAUCUGGAUCGAGUCUGUCAUCGAGCGUCAUUCUCAUUCCCGAGUGGAGUACAUGAUCAAAGCAAAGAGCCAGUUCAAGCGAAGAUCAACAGCAAACAAUGUAGACGUCAUCAUUCCCGUUCCAAGCGACGCAGACUCGCCCAAGUUCAAGACGACUGUAGGCUUUGCCAAGUACGUGCCUGAGAAGAAUGCGGUGGUAUGGCAUAUCAAGUCUUUCCCAGGAGGCAAGGAAUUUCUGAUGCGAGCUCACUUCAAUCUGCCUAGCGUAGCAGCAGAAGAGGCCGAGGGGAGACCUCCUAUCAGUGUCAAGUUUGAGAUCCCUUACUUCACAACAUCAGGCAUUCAGGUUCGAUAUUUGAAAAUUAUUGAGAAGAGUGGCUAUCAAGCCUUACCUUGGGUUAGAUACAUCACUCAGAAUGGAGAUUACCAAGUCAGAGUGCAGUAACUGUCCAAUCAAAACCUCUUCGCAUUCACUCAUCCUUUUGUAGAGUCAUUACCAGCCUAUAAGAGCAGGCGUUAUGUUAUCCAGAUAAUGGAUCAACAGGUGGGUGUUUCAUAAAGCUGUUCGUAAAUUAAGAACGACUGGUGAACCUUUCUUCCGUGCUAAAUAAUUACUAAUGAACAUAAUGGUGAACCGUCACAACAAGAAAGGAUCACCAGUCGUUCUUAAAGUCGCUCUUAACUUACGAACAGCUUUAUGAAACGGCCCCCAUGUUUAGUACACUUAUACGAAGGAGUCUUUUAACUACCUUAUACGAACUGCAUCCUCGAGUCAACGACCCUUUCAUUUCUUCAUACAUUAUAGAGCAUCAAUGCACGUAUAUCUGCAUGAAAUACAAACAUGCAAUCCACCCAAUAUACAUUUGGCAUUGUGCAUAGUCAAACUCACAGACAAUGUUUGACUAUUAUGCUCCACAUCAACGUGCAUUGUAGUCCGUGUGCAAUCCCAGUUGAUGUAUAAUUCAAUUUUAUGGUCCUCUGUAUUCUGUUGGAAAUCGACUGGACAUAAUCUUCAUCUGUGCAUUCAGUCGAUGAUUAUACAUAGUGUCUCAGAUUCCUCAGAGUUUUCUGUCAUAGGUACAAAAUACCCUUCCCCCUUUAAAGGGGUACUCUAGGCUGAAAAUGAUAUGAUGUGAAGAGAUAAAGUAAAAUCACACACACACAAACAAAACACUGAAAAUUUCAUCAAAAUAGAUUAAGAGAUAAUAAAGCUAUAACAUAUCAAAGCCAUACAUUAUUUUGAUGAAACAGCUCUAUGCAUGUCUUCAUGAAUAUUCAAUGAGCAAGCUGGUGAUGCCAUAUCCCCCCUUAUUCUUUUGUAUUUUAUUAUGUGAAAUGAAAUGUGUUCGAAAUUUUUCCUCUAAUAUUGAAAACAAUUGGACUGACUUCCGAUUUAAUUUUUGUUACAAGGGGCACUUAUCAUAAACACUUGUAUGAAAAUAUAAAUUGAUUAUGAUUUUGUGUAAUAACAA